AUGCAGGAGAUCCACCUGUCGCAUAAUGAAAUUCGACAAAAGGGCAUGGCGGCCCUGCUCGUUGCCCUCGCCCUGCAUCCUCCGAAGGCUUAUCCACGAGCCGCUCCAGGCGAAGAGGUGCCAUGUUGGGUGCGCUUGGAGCAUAACCAGGUGUCUCAUGCCGAGUACCUUUUGAACUUGUUGAGCCAGGAUCCCACGAAGCUGCGCACAUGCCUCGCUCCCCGACGUGACAGAGGUCCAAGCUGUACUUCUUUCAGAUGUCAGGCAGUCGAGAACGUGGCGCAUGUUCACCUGUACUGUGUCGACAAGCAGGACGACGCCCAAAGUGAGACCAAGAAACAUGCUCAGGCCGCGCUGCAAGAAGCCCUUGAGGAUUGUCGCCAGGGCCACCCGGGCAGCGACAUCCCCAAAACCCAGAUGCCUCCGCUGCUUACGCCUUCGGAUGCGGCAGAGUGCCGCCUGGUGGAGCUCAAUGUAGAUCCUGACAAGGGUGCUGGGCUGGAUCUCAGCGAGGGUCACUACGGCUUUGUGGUGGAUGCCGUGGAAGCUGAGCCCGGGCAGCAGCUCUCACCGGGAGAUGUACUUCUUGAAAUUGAUGGUGUGCAGCUGUGGGGAGGCUUGGGACUGGAGCGCCUGGGUGAGGCCUUCGGCAGCCGCUUUGCAGACGGGGCUCGGCUGCGUGUUGCACGAGCCGAUGCAGUGCAGGGCCGGGCGCUUUGGCAGCAACUCUCAAUUCCCGGACCAUCCUUGUCUUCUCGAUGUGACGACUUGCGUGAAUCCCUGGGUCAAGACUUGGUCAUCAUGGGGCGGCAGUGUGGGGUACAGGCAAAGCUGGAGGAUGAUGGCAUUUGGUUGCGUGGGCAUCCGCAACAGCAACGCUGGGCUGCGGACGAGCUGCCGAGGCUUCUGGCCUUCUACUUCCCCGAAACGUUGCUUGCGUUCCCUUCUUUCCAUUGGCGUGAUGAUCCCGACGAGCUGUGCAGAUCGGAGAUCGCCGAGCCUUCUUGUGAGGACAAGAUGCGACAAGAGCUUCGUCUCGGGGAGCUGCCAGAUGGAAGCUGUGCAGAACUGGCAUCUUGGGAAAAGCUUCUCAGAGGACAGUGGUGCGAAGAUGACGACAUAUUCGAUGAGGAUCUACCGGUGGAGCCAUUGGAAGCGCCGGACGACGGGCCAGAUGUAUUCGAGGGACAGGUGCUUGCACCCGAAACACACGUCUCGGAUCCACUCCGGGUCCUGAUGCUCGUUGGGCUGCCAGGAUCCGGCAAGAGUACCCUGGCGGCGAGGAUGCACCGCCUUGGGUGGGUCGUCAUAAACCAGGACACCCUCGGGGACAACGUCAUGUUAGUCUUGUUGUGCUGGCAGCACUUGAAGGUGCUUUGCGAGGCCAGUACUGCGCAGGACUUUGCGGCCGAGCUGACGGUUGAGGACUAUGGCACCCCCUCUUGCGACCCUGCUGCCUGUGCUGGAGAUACAGUAGGACUGUUCGGAGCUGUAGAGGCCACGUUCGGAGGCCAGGCGCCACCAUUUCUUUACCUCAAGGAGCCACUUCGUCUACAGGCUCUACAAAUGGAGGACAGGAAAAUGCAGCCCGUCAAGAGGACAGGCCGCUGGAGCACUUCCUGUGAACAAAAAGGCGAUGCAAAACUUAGGAUGCAGCGGCAUACCGACCGCCUACAACCGUUGGCUCGCAGCGGUCGGUUGCAUGUUCGCUUUCCUUUGCUUUCCGUGCGUUCGUCUCGUCGCGUCCGUCCGAUGGUGCAUUGUUUUUUUAGGUGCCUCCGACCGUAG